AUGUUGUAUCUCACCGCAGACAAGUUUCCUGUCUUCGUCCCAUUCGGUGUCAUUGGUUUUUACCGGUACCUUUGGUAUUGCAUUCGACUUUUGGCUCGCUUCACCUACCGCCCUAUCCCCUUACCACACACCCCCACAUACGUUGCCAGCGAAGAUGUGACCAUCAUCGUGCCUACCAUCGAUGCCGGUGAAGAGUUUAAAGAGGCCGCUCGUUCAUGGCUAGUCGGCAACCCGAAAGAAAUCAUCAUUGUCACGGAAAACAAGAUGGCCCCGCCCCUGCAAGACCUUGCCAACGCCGUUGACCCUGAAAAGAUUCGCGUCCUCACCGUCCCUGCCGCCAACAAGCGUCUUCAAAUGGCCCAUGGUAUCCGAAACACCUCUACCGAUAUCAUUGUCUUUGCCGACGACGACGCUAUCUGGCCUCCCCAGCUCCUGCCGUAUGUCCUUGCUUGCUUUGAGGACCAGCAGGUUGGUGGUGUCGGUACCAGUCAGAGGGUCCAGCCUUGUAACGAGCGUAUGACGAUCUGGGAAGUGCUCGCCGCUUUCCGAUUGACCAUCCGAAACAUUGAAAUUGCCUCUUCUACCCACAUUGACGGUGGUAUCCCUUGUCUGUCUGGCCGUACCGCUGCCUACCGUACCAUCAUUCUCAAAGACCCCGAAUUCCUCCACGGCUUUACCAACGACUUUUGGCUCGGCAAGUACCACCUCAACUCUGGUGACGACAAGUUCCUCACCCGAUGGAUGGUGUCUCACGGCUGGAACACGUAUGUGCAGGUCUGCAAGGAGGCCGAGCUUUUGUCGACUAUGAAGCCCAACUGGCGGUUCUUGCUUCAGGUCUUGAGGUGGACUCGUAACACUUGGCGAUCCGACAUCAGGUCGAUCUUUACCGAGAGGCAUGUCUGGACCAAGCACCCGUAUGUGGCGUACACGAUGAUUGACAAGUUUAUCAAUCCGUUCACGUUGCUGGUUGGACCGUGUUUGGUCAUCUACCUGAUUGUUAAGAGUACGAGGAGUAUUGAUGAUGGUGGUUACCAUCUGCCUGCUUGGGAUAUCGUCGUUUCUUAUCUUGUCUGGCUCAUGAUUACGAGAACGCUCAAGCUUUUACCCCAUUUGUGGUACAACCCCACCCACAUCAUCUACGUCCCCGCUUUCAUUCUAUUUGGUUACUACUUCGCCAUCAUGAAGCUCUAUGCCGCUUUCACGCUUUAUCAGACCGGAUGGGGUACCCGUACUGGUAUCGGAAAUGUCACCGAAGCCACCGAGGCUGCCGAGAAGGAACAGCUCGAAGCCCGCCAACGGCAACUAGAUGCGCAACAGCAGCACCCGCCCCACCAGCACGGUGCUGCGCAAGUGUAUGGCGGCCAACAAGGUUACUCUGACCAAGGGCAAGGGUAUGCGCAGUACAACCAACAGUACCCCCAAGAGGGACAGCGCGAGCCAAAGGCGUAG